UACAGAGUCCGUCCACAUCACAUCCGCAACGUCACGUCCCCGCAGUCCCACAACCACCACCACCACAACCACCACAACCACCGCAACCACCAUGGAACAGGACCCGUACGAAGUUCUCAACCUUCCACCCAACGCAACAGCCGACCAGAUCAAUGAGCAUUUCAGAGUAGCUGUGCUGGGCUGCCAUUCCGAUGAAUUUAUCAGGAUCCGUGCCGCGUAUGCUCAGCUGAUGGAUGAGGAAAGGAGACGGGAGUGGGAGCGAGAGGGACUGAUAGAGGAGGAGAUACCGCGGAGAGAGAACAGACUGCGGGAGGAGAGUAGGCUGUGGGAGGAGGAGCGAGCGCGGGAAGAGGAGAGACUUGCUGAACACAGGGCUGAGUGCGAACGGGAACGUAUACGACGAGAAAGGCGACGGAGGACUUCGGCGCCGCCUCCGUAUGAGAGUUUUGGGUACGGUACUUGUAAUACCGAUCCUCCUCCGUACUCACUGCCGCCGGCAUCAAUAGCACCACAGGACGAGGUCGAGACAGCACCACUAUUCGCGCAUCGAUCGAAAGGGAUCCUGCGGGGAUUUAGACGCAGUUGCGGUCGUGCUGCCGCCGAUUGCGGUUCCACGUUAAUACUUGUAACCCAGGAUGUCUUCGAAUCUCUUGCCACUCUCGUUGUUUUCAUUGCUCCAUUCGUCAUUCCCCUUGCCAUCAUUAUCAGCGGGCUCAUGAUGAUUAUAUUGGCCGUCAUGGGGAUAGUCGACCUGCUAGGCAAUAUACAUGUGCCAAGUGUCCACUGGCCCCAGCGCCCCCCACGGUAUCAGCGGAACAUCGCAAUCAUAGGCGCUGGCCCGGCUGGUGUGACGACCGCAUACCAGCUCUUCCGGAUGUGCUCACAGCAAGGCAUUCCAGUGCACAUCACGAUAUACGAGCAGUCCUCGCAUAUUGGUGGGAGGGCUGUCCACACUAUCGGACUCUCCACAGGCGAAAUCCUCGAGCUUGGUGUCAAUACUUUUCCGAAGACUGCAAGGCUCUUGAUCUCGGCGGCCAAUAAUCUGGGUUUGGAAACCCAACAGUUUUCCAACGGUGCCGUUGACCUCAUCGGCCCCUCUGGAACUGGCUCAUUCGGCGUCUAUGACGGCCGCUCAUGGGCUCUCACCGAGCAAAAGCCCCAUAACUUCUUCGAUGAUUACAACUGGUGGCCUUGCGGACGCUGGGGCUCAUCCCCCAGACUAGUCAGCCGCCUCGUCAAGGACGUCCGUAAUCUUCUUCCCUACCUGCACAACCCUUUCACCACUCUCGAGACUCUCGUUGCGUCCGCCGGCCUGCAGCAGCUCACGCAAAGAAGCGCAGAAGAAAUCCUCAAGCGUGCCGGGGUCUCCACCGGUUUCCAGAGAGAACAGCUCAAUCCUUGGGUCCGCGGAAGGUACGCGCAGAACCUCGGCACAAUCAGCGCUCUGGCGGCAUUCAUAGCCGCCGAUAACAUCGCACCCCUCAUGACCAUCCACGAGGAUGGGGACGGAAGGGUGUCCGCACUCUGGGAACAAAUGGUCAGCUACACUGGCGCCACAUUGAACCUCCUCACUCGGGUGGAGCAUCUUACCAAAGCCUCAUGGGGCGGCUGGGAGCUCACCGCCACUGCGUCGUUCAACACCACCACUGCGCCGUUCAACACCACCACCAUCCCCUACGACGCCGUAGUAUUGGCCACUCCCUGGGCCUUAACCCAGUCUCACCUCUCCACCACCCCGCCGCUCUCCACAGCCCCAAUUUCAGUCGCCUACACGCCCCUACACAUCACAAUCUUCACCUCCCCCUUCCGCCUCUCCCCACACCCUUUCCACGGCAACAAACACAUUCCGGACCUAAUCCUAACCACGCCGUGUUCAUGGGAGUACACGUCCAUCUCCGGCCGCAGCGGUGCCCACGGGCUAGGCCAGGCGCCGUUCUGGAGUCUGGCGGUAUUGAAGCCCCUCGUGGAGGAAGGAGAGAAGAGGUGGUUGUACAAGCUCGUCUCUGCGCGGGAAACGACUGAUGCGGAUAUCCAGCGCUUGGUUGGCGUAGGCCAUCGUUUCUAUAUUAUUCAUCGUCAUCAUGCUCCCGCGGCAUACCCCCUCUUACCGCCUCGAUCGCAGUUCAGUAAGAUCCGCCUCGAGGAAAACCUUUGGUACACCGGAGCGAUGGAUGAACUCGCCACGGGUGUCGAGUGGGCGAGUAUUAGUGGCGCGAAUGUUGCCACGUUGGUUGCGGGACAGUGGAGGAGGGAGGGGGUCAGGCUGGGUGUGGGGCGCAGGAUUCCGGUCCCGCCUGUCGAGAAUGGGACUGAGGAGGUAAUCGAAGGGAGGUAGAGAACUGAUGGUGACUUUGUGUUGAAGGUUAUUUAGUUGCAUUUUCUUUGGUUGUAUUUGCUUUGGUUGCAUUUGCGUUGGUUGCAGUUACACUUUUGUUUACAGUUACACUUUUGUUUACAGUUACACUUUUGUUUACAGUCAUGGAUCAUCACACGCUCCGUCGAAAUAAAUUGAUGUUCUCUCUUUCUGUCA